AUGCCUGUUCAACAAAUAAACGUGAAAAAUUCGAGUGAAAUUGAAAGUUGGGAAUGGGGUGGUGGAUGUGGCAAGGAGACGAUACGUGCAGGGUCUGGAAGCAGCCAGACUUCUUGCAGUAAUUCUAGUGGUGAUAUCUGCAGAAUUUGUCAUUGUGAAAGCGAGAUCCAUAAUCCACUGCUAGCACCCUGCUAUUGUUCUGGUAGCUUAAAGUUUGUCCACCAAAGCUGUUUACAACAAUGGUUGACGGCAUCCGAAACAAGAUCAUGUGAACUCUGCAAAUUUAAUUUUAUAAUGCAUACAAAGAUUAAACCAUUUAAUGAGUGGCGCCUCUUGGAAAUGUCAGGCGUUGAAAGGCGGCGUCUAUGCUGCGCCGUCCUGUUUCACUGCGUAGCUGCACUUUGCGUUAUGUGGUCACUGUUCGUACUUAUAGAGAGAGCGGUCGAGGAGGUUAACAAGGGACAGAUCGCUUGGCCGUUUUGGACAAAGCUGGUGGUUGUGGCGGUGGGUUUCACGGGCGGAGCUGUGUUUAUGUACAUCCAGUGUCGGCAGUACUUACAUUUGUGCAAUCGUUGGCGAGCCCAUAAUAGAAUAUUGCUCAUACAAAACGCGCCAGAAAAGGUGCCGAUUAGUUUGUCACCGCCGUUGCGUAGUAAGAGACGGGAGAGGAGUGCGAGGGGGCAAGUGGUGGCCAAUAUUGAGCCUUUGCCCCCUCCGGCUGCGUACCACGAGGAGGAUGAAAGUGGGGGCUUCGAGACUUAUAGGGGUAAUCCACAUCGGCGGCUUUCUGCGCUUAAUGAAGACCGGCUAAGUACGGACAACCCCAGACUGAGAGCUGAACCGGAAGAGGUCCGGCGUUACUCGGACACUCGUCUUUCACAUCCGGUUACAGUUGCCGUUGAAGAGGUUGUCGCACAACCUGCUGAGGGCGGCGUAUACCACAUCGCGGUUGACCCCCUCGAAGCUGAUAUACGUUCGCUUCUCGCACUCGAAGCAAAACGCGAGGCGCGCGCGGCCCGCUCGCUCCCGAAUUUGCGCGCGAGUCGCGAGUCCCUCUUAAACCCUAAUCACCCUUCCUGA